CGGGACUAUAAAUAGUCCGAUAUAAAAUUUCAAUGUUGUUGCGUCAGUUGGUGGUGAUCAAACGAUUCAAGAAGUCUACCGCCAUGAUGCUGCUAGCAGGCGUGAUCUGCGUGUGCACAGCAGUGGUUGCAACCUACGUUACCAUGUUUAUGACCAUUGGGAUGCGGUCCCAAGUACUGCGUGCAUUGCUACUGCACGUGUUGGCCCUGUGCCAAGGUGUCAAGCUCAAAUGGGUGACCGACCCGGACCUCGCGUUCCACGUUCUCAAGUCAACAGCAGAUAAAGGCGAGAUGAUUGAGGCAAGACUGGCGUUGCCAGCCUGGAGCCCUGUCGUCUCGCUCGAGUCGGUUAAUGGGGAACAAUGGCGCCGGAUGAAGACGCAGUUCAUGAAACUGACUCAAGUAUUGCAGCCCAUCUCCCAGCUCACGACCAUUUUCGAGAGCCGUGGACAAGAACUACUGAAGGCCAACGUGGUGAUUGACGCCCUCAAGUUGAAUGAGCUUUCGGUUGCCUGCUUCUACGAGUGGGUCUUUGAACGGGAGUUUGACAGUAAAAAAUUUGCCGAGGUUUGUCAAGCCACGUGGGAGUGGCGGAAGCAAAUUGCGCUUAAAGGAUUCGCUGACUGUGGCGUGAAGAAGCGUACGAUUGAGUGGUGCGUGGAGGAGAUCAUACGCACUCCUCGAUUGUACGAUUUAUUUGGAGAGAAAUGGGUGAAACCGGAAUACUAUUCGCUCAUUUUGCAGCCGUUCGUGCUCUCACCGGCGAUCAACCUCACGGAUGUCGCUGUGGUGGUUAAAGAGUGGAUUAAAACUACACCAGCGACGCAGCCAGUUACGCCAGAGAUUAUUCGACAGUGUGUCUGCAGUGCUCAUCCGUUCCCAGUGGUUGAGCGAUACUUUCCGUGUGGUGACGCUGCGAUGGAUAUUGCCCCGAAUACCCACGUUCUGAUCCCGCUGGAUGAGAUGGCGGGCGAUGCAUUCGCUGCUGGGGUCGAUUUGACGUUUGGCGCAGGAUCUCGCGUUUGUGUGGGACGUCACAUGGCCAUGAAAGCAAUGGUUGGCCUGUUCACGGAUAGUAUGGUGCGGUCUGAUAAGUUCCAGCCAAGACUCAACCACAAAUACUCGGGUCGCCAUAACGAUGGAGAGGAAACUGCGAUCGAAACUCUGUACCAGGUGCAGUUUGUGGUAAGAACACUUACCGCUACUCUCAUUGAUCGCGUCAAAAGAAACCUCCGCAGAUACUUGAAAACAUGUUGAUUGCAGCAGAUACGGACAAAGCAACUCAGGAAAAAGGAGGAUUGCCAAUUUCCGACAUCGUAAUCAUGCAUUUGGCGUACAAUUUAAAUCAUUUUUUCUCAACAUGACAUGUGUGCUCAAGAUGCUGUACAUUUUGUGCAUAAGUAUGUCGAGUGUCC